GAGGGCUUAAAAACUUUUUAGACUCCAUAAUUCAGAUUUUUAACUCGAAAAACCUGAAAAAAUUAGGAAACUUGAAACUUUGACAUUUUGUGCCCCAGAAAAGUGACGUUUGUUUUGAAUCUGUCACCUGAUUUUUGAUUUUAGAAUUUUUCAAACUGUGUGUAAAAUUACUGUGUAUUUAGAAUCGUAUAAAGGGUAGAAAUAUUAAAUCAAUAUUGAUUUUGUAUUUAUUUUUCCUUUAAAAAAGUGAUUUUACUAAAGGACACGUCAGUAGUCCACAAGGUAUCAGAAUAAUAUAUAAAUAUGGCAUCACCAUCGCCAAGUACUUCACACGAUAUAAACGAGCCAAGAGAUGGAGGUGACACCCAAAAUACCAAGGAUGAAGAGAAAAAAGAUGAAAAUCUCCUUGAGUGCAACAUAUGCCUAGAUACAGCCAAAGAUGCAGUAGUUAGUCUUUGUGGGCAUUUAUUUUGCUGGCCUUGCUUACAUCAGUGGUUAGAAACAAGACCCAAUCGGCAAGUUUGUCCUGUGUGCAAAGCAGCCAUAAGUAAAGAAAAAGUCGUUCCAUUGUAUGGAAGAGGCAGUACUAAGCAAGAGGAUCCUAGAGACAAGGUUCCACCCAGACCUGCCGGGCAGAGAACUGAACCCGAACCAGGAAAUAACUUUUCAGGGUUCGGUUUUGGUGAUAGCGGUUUCCAUAUGUCCUUUGGAAUUGGAGCUUUUCCCUUUGGAUUUUUCACUUCGACGUUUAAUUUUGGUGAACCUAGACCCAAUGUAGCUACACACGGAACUCCGAUGUAUAUGGAAGAGCAAUUUCUCUCAAAAGUAUUCUUAUGGCUAGCAAUGAUCUUCAUAGCUUGGCUACUGUUUGCCUAGUAUCAACUGUUAGAUGAAUUUUAAGAGAAAAACUUGAAAAACGCAACUUUUCAAGUAAAUAUUAAAAUUCAUUGGUUAAUUCUAUACUAUUUUUAUUUAAAUAUAUAUUAUUGUAUAUGGUUAAUGUUAAAUAUAUUGUAAAAAGUAGGAAUAUUUUCAUAAGACUUAAUAUAAUGUGUUGAUUUUAUGUAAAAUCACUUAACAAUAGCAUGGCUUUUGGCUUUAAAAGUGGUAAAGGAUAGAUAAAAAUAUUUAUUGAAUGGAUGGAUAUCAACAAUUAUUGCCAUGAGACAGACUACAUUAUAUCACAAAUAUGCUUAAAGAAUAAAAACAUUACACUAUAAAA